GAGAUGAGUCUCUCAACUAAAGACAAAGAAACUGUGAAGGCCUUCUGGGCCAAGGCUUCCACCAAGCUGGAGGACAUCGGCAUGGAAGCGCUCUCCAGAAUGCUGGUCGUCUACCCCCAGACCAAGACUUACUUCUCCCACUGGAAGGACCUGAGCCCCGGCUCAGCUCCAGUGAAGAAGCAUGGAAAGGUUAUCAUGGGUGGCAUUGCAGAAGCUGUUGGUAAAAUCGAUGACCUGGUCAACGGCCUUACCAACCUGAGUGAGCUGCACGCCUUCCAGCUGCGAGUUGAUCCAGCUAACUUCAAGAUUCUGUCCCACAACCUGCUGGUCGUGAUGGCUAUGUUGUUUCCCAAGGAUUUCACCCCCGAGGUGCACGUCGCUAUGGAUAAGUUCCUGGCCAGAGUGGCUUUGGCUCUGUCUGAGAAAUACAGAUAA